CAAAGUCUAAUAUAGAUACCGUGCUCUUUUUAGACACUUCUUUCGAAAGCGAGGCUAAUUGACAGCGUCUUCCGGUUGUAAAUAUCGGAGGGAAGCCGGUUUAUGGGGGUGUAGAAGUAAAUCUGUCGUAAUCAUUACUUACGAAGAUGAGGAUUGUAUUGCAUUUUACAGUUGCAUUGUGCAUUAUUUUUAGCAUUGAUUGCAAAGUGAGACAAGAUACGAUUGAUAAUGCUAUCGUUAAUAGCAAAGUGGAAAGGAAGAUCGAUGUCGCAACCCAUUUAGUCAAACUGACAACAACGAUUACGCUUGAAAAUACAGGAAAAAUGCCAGUGAAAUCAUUUUUAUAUGCAAUGGAACCAUCGCUUCAAAAUUACCUGUCAUUCAUCAGUGCAAAUGUUAAGGAUAAGGACGAGAAACUGGGAAUUUCUCAAUCAGUGGUUGCAUCCAAAAAAGAUGUCAGUUUUUGGCGGAUUGAACUUCCUUCCAAUUUGGAUAUAGGUAAAACAAUGACAAUAGAUGUGGAUUCAACAUACGCUCAUGCACUGACACCAUAUCCAGCAGAAAUUACACAGAGUCAGAAACAACAAGUACUAUAUAAUGGCAAUGUGUUCUUCUUCUCCCCAUAUAUCACCAAGUCUCAGACCACCACCGUCACAACCACCAACACUGCCAUCGAGUCCUACAGCAAGUCUCCCAAGCCAGUGGCUCAGAGUGACCGAACAGUCACCUAUGGGCCGUAUGAACAAAGAGAAGCAUUUUCUGAGGCUGAGUUGAGAGUUCAUUAUGAGAACAACUCACCUUUUCUGACUAUCACAAACCUGGAAAGAAUCAUAGAGGUUUCACACUGGGGAAAUAUUGCUGUGGAGGAGCAUAUCAGCAUGAGACAUACAGGAGCCCUACUGAAUGGACCAUUCUCAAGAUACGACUACCAAAGAUCCCAAGAUGGCUUGUCUUCAAUCAAGACAUUUAAGACUGUCCUUCCUGCAUCAGCCCGAGAUGUUUACUACAGAGAUGAAAUUGGAAAUAUAUCAACCAGUAAUCUUAAAGAACAGGAUGAUUUUGUGGAAUUGGAGCUGCGACCUAGAUUUCCUCUAUUUGGUGGCUGGAAGACCCAGUAUUACAUUGGUUACAAUGUUCCCAGCUAUCAGUAUCUUUUCAACAAAGGAGAUAAUUAUGCACUGAAGAUGAGAUUUGUGGAUCAUGUCUUUGAUGACAUGGUAGUGGAUCAGAUGACAGUAAAAAUCAUCCUCCCUGAGGGCUCCAAGAACAUGAGAUUUGAAGCCCCAUAUGAUGUACAACAAGGAGAAAAUCAGCUUCACUUUACUUAUCUAGACACCACAGGUCGUCCCGUCAUUGUUAUCCACAAGUCCAACCUUGCUGAGCAACACAUCCAGGACUUUCAGCUCCACUACACCUUCCAGAAGAUGUUGCUGCUACAGGAGCCGUUGUUGGUGGUAGGAGCUUUCUAUCUGCUCUUCCUGGCUGUCAUUGUGUAUGUCAGAUUGGACUUCUCCAUCACCAAGGAUGAGGCCAAGGAGAGCAAGAUGCGAGUGGCCAGUUUAGUGGAGGAGGUCCAGAGUGCACACGACCGCAGGAGUGCCCUCUAUCAAAGCUACGACGAUGCCAUCAACAAGUACAAGAGUACCAAAGAUACUAAUACAUUUGCAGCCACUCGAAAAAAAGUGGAUACAGAUUAUAAAUCUCUGACUCAACAGAUUGGUGACUUGCAGACCAAGUUGAAAAAUGAAGGCUCGGACCUGGCUGAAAAGGUUGGGGAACUACAGAGCAGUGAUAGACAAUAUAAGGAUCUUGUGGGUGUUGCCAUAACCUUAGCAGAGAAGUUAGUCAAUGGAAAGAUGAAUAAACAGCAGUACCUUGAUAAUGAGAAAUCUAAUACAGCAAAGAGAGAAGACCUGGAUAGCAAAAUGGAAGCUUUAAGAUCUAGCCUUGCCUAAGAGUUUUAUUUUUGAACAUGCAGUAGAUAAAUGUUGUCAUAUUGUGAAGUGGAAUAUCAAUAAAGUUCGAUCGGGA